AUGGAAGAGAAAGCUGAAAUAACCCUCACCGCAGGGUAUCACCGCGUCAACUCGAGAGAGGUUGACCUCUUCCUUGAUCCUGAUUCAGACCCGGGAUCGUCCAAGCCGCAGUCUACUUCCGUCAAAUCGCAGACAGUUACAAAAUUCAGCUGGCCAAAAGCGUACUACAUUGGAUCACUCAUUACUGCCAGCAACACGUUCAUCGCGUACGUUAUCCGAGGCAAAUCUGAUGCUGUUCGAAUUUUAAAUCGUCUCACUGCCGCUCGAGUGCUCAUCAAAGGCUUUGCUGGCCCAGUUUGCGACGUCGCCUUUGCCCACAGCGACUCGUCCCUCUUCGCCGCAAUCGACGAAAGCGGCUCAAUCUACAUUUACUCAAUCAGCCAGCCAGAAGGCAACUCGAAAAAUAUCGAGACCAAGCUUCUCUUCAAAGUUGAGAAGCGUAACACAAUUCGAAAUCCCUCCCACAGAAUCGUCUGGUCGCCUAAAAUUCAUCACUCCAAAAACGAAGACGAGCCCGAGCUAGUUGUCGAAACCAACUAUCUCGCCGCAACGAGCAUGAACGACAUUGAAGUAUUCAAGCUUCAUCAAAUCAUCAACGACGAAGUCACGAAGCAAGGAGAACCAGUGAUCAAGAAAGACGAUGAUUUGCUCAAUGGUUUUACUGGCUACGUUGGUUUCCAAGCCCACGCAAAUGUCAUCACCGAUGUUUCGAUCGCCCCGGACGGCGCUGUCAUGUGUACUUCAUCCGAAGACGGCUAUGUCCGAUUCUGGAACACUGCUGGCCUCACCGAGGACAGGUCCGAGACUCCCAAUACCCUGCACGAGUGGUACCCGCAUGACAAAGCACCUGUUAAUUGCAUCAAAUUCCUGGACAAUUACCAAGUCUCAGACCCUGACGUGCCUUACUGGCGAUUCCUGCUCACUGCGGCAAAACAAACUCAAGAGAUUAAAAUCUGGUGUACAGUCAAGUGGAAUUGUCUGCAGUCGCUCUCCUUUCACAUGAAUCCAAUGGUGCCGCUGAACAAUUACAGUAUUCCUCCGCAAAUGAAAUUGGCCGUCGAUCAGACCGGAAACUACAUCAUGAUUACCGAUAUCAAUCGUCGAGUCUUGUACUGUCUCGAGUGCUGCUCCGAGUUUGGGGACGGCGACCAGGGCCCGUACAGCAACGGUGACUGCUCCAUCCGAUCCAUCAACGUCUGCCUCAUUGAUACUCCGAUUCUGUCCUUCCAUAUGUCCGCUGUCAAAGGUAUCACAAUGAUGUCGGCCGAAGAGCCCCCGCGUCGCCGUCGAGGAGUGCAAAUCCAAUCAUUUACACUCCACCAGUCUAAUCUUUACAAACUUCAAAGUCGAAUCCUUCACCACAAGAGUUUCCUGACUGAAGUGCCCAAUUCCGGCGGCGGCACACCUUCUGGCAUUCUCUCUCCGCAGCGAGUCCUGUCUCCUGGUCUUUCUGGCGAUGAGCAAAUCUACUCGCCCAAAUCGAGACUAUCCGACAGUGAGGAGCCGAAGAAACGCUCGCGCUCUAAGACCCCUUCGCGACGCAAUAAAUCCAAAUCGCCAGCGAGGAAGAUGAGCCAAGACUCGAGCUUGGGCAGCGAGAAAAAAUCGCCGCAAAAAGAGGAAAGCAUGAAUGACAUGAGCUCAAUCAUGGAAAAGCUGAAGAGUCAACCGAGAAGACAGAGCAACAGCUCGACCAGUACUAAUGGUGCGAUCGAGUCUACAACCGGCCUUGACGCUGACAAACCAUCAGAACCAGUCCAAACAGAGCCAGAAGCCCAAACAACAGCUUCGACUGAAAUUCCAGUUAGUUUCGCAUCUGACGAGGAGAAAAAGUCAAGUGGAGACAGCAAAUCAGAAGCGGACGAAAGUUCAUCCGUUGGUACAAAGCCAGCGAUUUUAGACAAAUUGUUCGGCAAGAAAAGCGUUCCUGAACCAGAACCAGCAGCCAAAUUCGAACAAGAGUCGCCAAAAGAGCCCGAACCAAAGCCAGAGAAGCAGCCUUCUCUUUUGGAAAGCAUUUUCAGUCAAGCAUCAAAGAAAGGCAAGGGAGUAGUUACUCUCGAAGACGAUAGCACCUUGACGAACGUCACGCCCAUCAACAUGCAAGAAGAGAGCGAGUUGCACGAAGCAGAGCUCACUCCUCGCGAGACCGAACGGGAGGAUCCGAUGACAGCAAUGAACAAUCUCCUCCAGUCGCUCAAAGCGCAGACGGAAAACAAGACAAAGAGCCCUGAAGUGCCCCAUGAACCGCUGCCCGUUGCUUCUUCGUCAAACAAAGUCUCAUUGAUCUUUGGCGAUCAGAUUCUCAGCGACAUAAAUAGGAUCAUCGGCUCCAUCAAGUACAAUUGCGAAAUCCAUAUGCUUGAUGGCGCGCUCACCAAAAACAUCAAAAAGUAUGUGACCGAGAUGGGAACACGAAAAGACGCCGAAGUCGUUAUCUUCCAUGUUGGCAGUAAUGAUAUCUCCGCCAAAACAACAGAGAGCCAGUUCAACACUGAUCUGAUGCUGCUUUUCGGAGCCGCACGAAGUGCUUUUCCGAAUGCGAAGCUUUGCAUGAGCUCCGUUCUUCCAAGACACGACGAGUUCGCGUCAAAAGUAUCCAAGUUCAAUUCCGAAGCGCUGAAACAAUGCGAAGUCUGCUUCAUCGAAUUCUUGGACAAUACGAAGAUCUUCCAGAAAAUCGACAACUUCGCUUAUCAAAGUGAUCCCAGCGAAUGCCUAGCGCUCAAUGAACACGGAAAGGAAAACCUGUGGAUCCAUUUCUUGUGCUUUAUCGAAGAUCAUGUUCAAGAAGGAAGUUCUUACACCUCAGUCAAGUUUAUUGAAGGUCCACGAUUAUCCCCGAAACUUCCAAAAGAUGGAAUUGAAGUACGAAACCUAACUCCUGUUUGCGAAGACAGAGAUGAGCCUCCAGAAGUCGAGUCGGAAGACGAAGCACCAAAGGUACCAGAAGAACCGAGAGUCGAAGGCGAUGGCUCGAAGAAACCAACCGCCGGACGAGAUGGAAAUGCGGACGGAUCUCAGAGUCCAUUGCCACCUACUCCUACUUCUCUUAUCCCGACGCGUUCUCAGCGCAUUCCAGCAGCUCCUGUUCAGACUCAACUUGUCAAUGGAACUCCAAGCCAGAGUGACAUAAGCACGCUUAUUAUGAUGAUGAAGAAGCAAUCUGAAGACAUUGAAUCCCUUAGAGCUGAAAUGAGACGGAACCAGAGAAACAAUCAGGAGAACAUGACAAGACUAAAUCAGGACAUGCGAAUUAACACGAGCCAAAGCAAAUCAAACGGCCUUCCAAAUUCGUCUAUCGACGCCGUGUUACCCGGAAUUCAAAAGAGAGUUGGAGAUGCAGUCGAGCGCGCAUCAGCGGAGAAGAUCGAGCAGCUCAAGCCGACGAUUCAAAAGCAUAUUGAGAGGGUUGUUCAGAACGCCACUCCUGGAAUGAUGCAGGCAAUGUCGAAGACAAUGGAACAGACAGUCAAAAGUGUCUAUCAAAGCUCAAUUGAGAAAACAUCGAUACCUCAAUUUGAAAAAGCAACACGCGAGAUGUUCGAUCAGCUCUCUGUUGCUUUCAGCAGAGGCCAAGAGGAAUAUAUAUCCAGAAUCGAAAAAAUGUUGGAAAAACGAGUGCGAGCCGAAGUGAGCUCAAUCGAAGGCACAGUCGCCAACGCUGAGGAUCCAAAUGGACGUCUAUCCGCAAACCUAUCAGCCAAUAUUUCCCAGACUCUACAGACGCAACUCCUAUCAGAUCUAAAUAAGCAAAUGGCGCGAAACGCACAGGAGCAAAACCAGUUUAUGAACCGCACUUUCGCACAACUACGACAACAAUUGAUAAUGGACAUUCAAAAAAUGCUCGACAACCACACAAAUCAGCUUGACAACAAAGUAGAAGAUGCUAUUGCUCGUGCUCAGACUCCAGCUCCUGUCCAAAUCGACGAAAACGCGGAUGUUCGAGACAAGAUUCGCGCAUAUUUGAAUGGAGAAAAAUAUAAUGAAGCAUUUACGGCUGCGUUGAUGCAGUCCAACUUGGGGCUUGUUGUGGACACGAUGGAGUCGGUAGACUCUGCGAAAAUCUUCAGCCCCGAAGCGGGGCCAAGCGGGACAUGCCUUGAGCAAAAUAUUAUUCUGUCUUUGAUCUCCCAGCUGUCUCAGGAUCUUGGAACGAAGUCAGCGUUGAAGCUUACAUAUCUACAGGAUGCUGUGUUGAGUCUUAAUUAUCUUCACCCUUCUUCGCAGCAUUUCCCACAAGUUCUUGGAGAGCUGCAGCAAAAGAUCCAACAGUUCAUCCAACUCAAUCCCCGCGAUCCAAAUGCCCGGACCUUCAAGAUGCUGAACAUGACCGUGGCUGGAAUCGUCAAAGAAAUCGCCGGAGCAAGUGUUCAUUUGGACGUCUCCAGAUCGAAUAUGGGAGCUGCUCCUGGUCGAAACGCAACGUUUUCAUAA